CUCUUCCGACACACACACUCGUCGACGAACGACGACGACGAGCACGAGCACGAGCAGCGCCUGACGCUCGGCUCCGACCCGCGCGCGUCGAUGGCGAUGAGUGACACAGGCUCGAGCUUCGCGCAGUGGGCCGCGCUCUACCACCACCACCACCACGACGCCGGGCCGGUCCUGCUGCCCCCCGACGACGACGCCGGCACCACCGCUGCGGCCGCCGCCGUAGCGAGCCCGACGUCGGGCGGGUCCAGCGGAGGAAGCCCCACCAAGGCCGGGGCCCAUCUGCUGCACGGGGUAGAGGGGCCGCGGAUCGGGAAGCCGGCGGCGCGGCGGCGGUCCCGCGCGUCGCGGCGCGCGCCCGUGACGCUGCUGAACACGGACACGGCCAACUUCCGUGCCAUGGUGCAGCAGUUCACGGGCAUCCCCGCGCCCCCCGCGGGGGCGUUCGGGGCCCCGGUCAUCAACUUCGCCGCCGACUACGGCUUCCCGCCGUCCUCGGCCGCCGUCAUGUCCUUCGACCACCAGCUGCACCGGAGCCAGCACCCCGCGCCGCUCCAGGAGCAGCUCCGCAGGCAGCAGCAGCAGCAGCAGUACGCCGGCGCGGCGUCGCCAUUCGGCUAUAGCAACGGCGGCGGCGGCGGCCUGCUGCAAGACGGCGGCGACGUCUUCGCCCCCGCCGCCUCCCACGGGUUCGCCGCGUCGGCGGAGGAGAGGAUGUUCCUGCAGAGCAUCCAGGCGGCCCAGAUGCCGCACAUGCCCGCCGCUAACACUAGCACUAAUGGCUUCUUUGCUUGACCAAGGCUCGACGGGCAUCCACGCCACGUGCAUGGAAUGGAAGCUUGGGAAGGGGAAGCGAAGAUUAGCAGCAGCCAAAAAAAAAAGGGUAAUCAGAGUCAGUUAAGUUUCUCCUGGUUGUGUGUAGUUAGUUUGCUCCUCCGCUUGCUUAAUUCGCGCAGCCUUGUUUCUCCGCUGGCUGCAGAGACGAUGUAAAUAUCUUGUGUUUCUGAUGAUGUGGUAGUCUGUGUCCUAGCAGCAGCUCAUCUAGUCACUUUCAC